CUGAAUCCGCCCAUAUCUAACAAACCAAAAAAAAAAAUCCACAAGUAUUUUUAUAAAGAUAUGGUGGAUGAACAUGUGAAAUUGGUACCAAUAGCCAAUGUAGGAAGGAUUAUGAAACAAAUCUUGCCACCAACAGCCAAAAUAUCGAAAGAAGCUAAGGAAACCAUGCAAGAAUGUGCAUCAGAAUUUAUUAGUUUUGUAACUGGUGAAGCAUCUGACAAGUGUCACAAGGAGAAUCGUCGAACGGUUAAUGGAGAUGACAUCUGUUGGGCUCUGAGUUCACUUGGUUUUGACAACUAUGCUGAGGUUAUGUUGAGGUACUUGUAUAAGUUGAGAGACUUUGAAAGAGUAAGAGCUAAUCAAAACAAAUUAGGUUUAAAUGAUGAUGAUAAUACUGAUGAUGACGAUGAUGAUGGUGAAGCUCGACGUGCUAGUACUACUUCUCUAGCACCAUUGGAGAUUAAUGUAAUGGAAAGAGUGCAACGUAGACGCUUCAAUUAAAGAUUUUGGAUCAUUUCUCGAUUUGUGCAGUAGUGUUAUGGUGAUUUUUUUGAUGUAUCGUUCAACUAUAUGGAGUUUUUUGUCAA